AUGCAUAAAGGUGCCUUGUAACAUCAAAUCUCUGUUAGACGUGCUAGCCCUGUCACGUACUCUUAAUCUCCUAAAUUUCAUUAUUGGUUCAAUCUUUAAUUAUUUUUUUAAUGGUUUUAGCAGCAUUUCUGGAGGAUUAAUUCCAGAGGAUGGGUAUAAAACGAUAAAACCGACCUCGUUUUAUCUUAACUUUUAAUCAAAUUAGCCAUGUGGCACCUGAAAGUUGCCGACUAACAUUUUAAGAAUUUGUUUGAUUGUGUUUGGACCUCGUUGAUCUCACUUGCGUACAACGUACGCGUAUUAUCAUAUGACGUCGUCACGUGAUCAAACAUGGCAGCUUCCUUAAAGGAGAAAAAAUGCACCUGAUAAAGGUGUUUUGACUGCCAUGUAAUAAUACUGACAGAUGACUUAAUUGGAGAGUUUUGGUGGAAUGGGUAACUCAGCAAGUAACAGCGAAAGUGAAGACGAAUUCAGGGUUGAAAACAAGGAGGAAGACCCAGCAUCAGACACAGAAGCAGAUGGAGAAAAAGAUGGAAGACAAACAGUGGAUCUCAGUAUUUUAUUCAAUCAUUCAGCAUUAAGAACUGCAGCUUCUAAACUCAAAGAUGACAUGCCAGAGAAUGUUAUCCAGCAGCAUCACAGCCUUUUGCUGCACUGGUUGGAGGACAGAAUGUCCAGAAACGAGGAGACAGUCCUCCUGAGUCAGUUUUGUGAUGUCCUCAUGAACAGAUCAGUGGGCAGGGAGGAGUGUGUUCAGGCAUUCCAACAGUUUGACACAGAGGGUGAUGGCACAGCAGAUGUGACCACCAUGUUGGAGGCACUCAGACAGUCUAAUGGAGCAAACAUGCAUGGGGAGCUCAGUUAUGUGAUACGAACUCUGCAGGCUUGUUCUCUAACACCAGGUUUUAUUGAUGUGUAUUCUGAAGGUUCACACAGCAUCGGGCAACAUGGCUCCAGAAUUCUGAAUUUUCUGUUGCGUAAUAGAGCCCCCAGUUCAAGCCUGCCAUUCCCCAUCAUAGAAGGGUUCAAUAACACCUGCUCUAUGAGACUGUCUGUGUUGAAAUCUCUCCUGCAUAAGCUGGGAGAAAGCUAUGACAGAUCAUCCCAGGAAAGCAUGUUGUCAAGUGGGGAGGAGCUGAAGUCCAUCACAAAAUGUUACACAGCCAUGGAUGUCUCCACUGGUAAAAAUGACAUGCACAGAAUGGUAAAUGGUGACUUUUCUUCCUACUGGCAGUCGGAUGGGACAGCUAGAGCUCAUUGGAUCAGGCUUCAUAUCAAGAACAAUGUGGUAAUCAAGCAGUUAUCAGUUGGAGUGGCCUCAAGUGACCAAAGCUAUAUGCCACAGUUGAUUACAGUGUCUGUGGGGAAAAGUGCCCUCAGUCUUAGAGAGAUAAGAGAAGUCAGAAUACCCAGUCAUAUUACUGGAGAUGUGACACUGCUAAAGAAUGCUAAGCAGUAUUAUCCAAUAAUACAGCUAAACAUCCGACGUUGCCAUAGUGAUGGAUGUGACACAAGAAUCCACUCACUGAAAACUUUGGGAUACAAGAUUGUCAAAGAUGCUGGGAUGAGUGUGUCAGACGCGUCAGCAGUGUGGUACCUCCAAGUUCUGGCCUCAACUACAACUGCCUGUCUGCCAGUAUCACCUCAGCUCAGAGAUAUGGUGCUGGAACAUUCCAGAAAUGCACUUUGUCAUAUGCCUCCCUUGGCAUUGUCACCAAACAGUGCCGAGCGCCCAGCCUUCCUUAGCAGCCAUGUUCUGAAGCAGAUGGACACCUUUCUGGGGGAGGUUGCCAUAGAGAAAGAGAGCCAUGUGAGUGCAGAUGCAUUGUAUGUGUUGUUGUCAUUCAAUCUGGCAAGAGGUCAUGUCAUGGGGAUACUGAAGACACUCAAGCUGCUACAAGACAGCGAGAUUAUGGAAAUAGAGGCAUUGCCACUGCUUAAAUCUAUGGUUUCUGUAAGAGAUUCAUUUUGGAAAAAGCAAGGUGGUCCACUGCAGCUGACUCUAGCAGGCUGUGAUGGAGGACAGAAGGAUGAGGCUAUGGGACCAGAGAAUGUUCUCUCAGUAAACUGGGCCACCCCUGGCUCUAAAGUUUACCAAUCUGCUGAAGGGAAGACACUUGUUAACAUGAUCUUCAAGGCUUCUGACUUUGUACAAGUUACCAAGAUUAAGAUCAAAGUUGAGAAGGGUCCAUGUGGUGCUAAAUCAGGAUUUAUUUUUGUCUACAAAGAUGAAAGUGGAAAGCCAUUCAGUUUGGAAGAUCAUGUGGAGAAGUUUAAAACGCAUGAUACAUGGGGAUUUGCUGAGUAUUGCCUGCACAACAAUGGGAGGACUUCAGGCUUAGAGAGCACAUCUGACAACCCAGUGGCUCAUUUUGCCACUGAAGAAGACUGGGAUGAAAUUGAGAUUCCUUUGGAUGUUUUUCCAGUGGGACAGUAUGUCCAGAUCAAGUUCCUCCAGCCAAGGCAGAGUACUGCAGGCAGGAUAGGGGUAGUGGGAGUCAAGUUUUAUGGCUUUACCAGGAAGGCGGUCUUUGCUGAUGAUCUUCAAGUAGCAAAAUCACUUGACCUUUCACAGGACAGCUCUGUUGUUAGCAAAGAGAUGGUAUUUGUUAGAACUUUGUCAUUUCUGGUGGAUUUAGCUAGGGAACAAGGAUCUGGGAAGCAAGGAAAACCACAGCCUCUAGAUAUGUCAGCAUUGGCUACAGAUGUAUGGUGGAAACUAUACCCUUCAUUUUCAUAUAACUCUGAUGCUGGGGUAGUCUGUAAGAUACUGCUUCUGCAGCUUCUACAUGCUUUGUUCCAACCGCUUACUGUGGCCAAGACUGUUAAAACAAAGUCAGUAGAGUACAUAUUUCAACACCUGUGUGAGGUUAUUGACACUCAGGAUCAGAAAGAGGAGGAAUCCCCCAUGAUGAAAAACUUGGUCAAGAUGGCACAGCAGUGUGUCAUUGAUGGUGCUGCUGUAUUUUUCCCUGACAAGGAAGCCAGAAGAAAACAACUUUUCAACAUGAUGGACACUGUCACUGGUACAGUAGAGAAACCAUCUGUGUCUCUGAUAUUCCAGUCUUUGUGCCAGUUUUAUGGAAACAUGGAACCAAGUGGGCUGCUAGAUUUGCCACAGUAUAUGAAAAGGGAUUACAACAGUGAGCCAGUGGUUGCUGUGAUGGAGACCCUGAUGUCUGUGGCGUUCAAGGAGUUUCAGACGGUGCUGUCUGGGGGCGCAGAUACAGAUGAGAUGUCACCACUGGUGCAGCUGCUCUGCUCUCUACAGACCACUCUCCUUGGCUGGUGUCACAGGCAGCUGGAUACCCCCGAUCUGGAGGAGGAGUCUAAAGAUAUCAUUUUAGCAACUAUUGUAAGAUAUUACAUUUUAUUGGGGGAGAAAGCAACAGAAGCUUGUAAACUGCUUCUGGAAAAGAACGAGGAAAUCCAGGCAGAGAUGAUACCAAAGUUGAAGAAAUCCUUUCUGUCUGCAACUGUGAGGGAAGGGCUCCUUGUUCUCAGUAUGAUGAGUGACAAGCUAGAUUCUGCUGUCAGAGUUGCUCUGUUGCACAAGUUGUUGCCUAUUGCUGAGGAAUUGAGGAAGAUGGCACAAUUACUACCACACUUCUUUCACACAAUUGACAGUGACCAUUGGCAGAAGGUCCACAAUGACAGUGUGGUGUUAAGAACAUGGGAUGUGGAGUCAUCCCAUAAUUAUGAGAACAAUCAACAUACUACCCAGAUUUUCAGUUGCCCUGGAGCCACAACCUUUGUUGUAGAAUUUGACAAAAGAUGUGAAACAGAGAAAAGGUAUGACUUCUUGGAGUUUACAGACUGCAGAGGAGUUCGGACCAGAUAUGACCAGAAAGUGGGAACAGAAAAAUGGCCGAAGACCGUGACCUUCAGAGGAGGGCACCGUCUGCAAUUUUUGUUCCGUUCAGACAGUAGUAACAAUGAGUGGGGGUACAAGUUUAAGGUGACUGCCAUGGGGUGUCCUGACAGCCCUAUCUGCUGGGUAUUUGACCUGCAACUGGGGCUCUCCAAACUGUUUGGGAAACUUUGUGGCUGCACCCUGAAUUUACAGAAAUUGAUGCCCAAACCCCCUGACCCUGAAAAGCAAGAAGAGGACCAGGAGACAGCCAUGUUGAAAAGUGAAUUGUGGACCACUCUGUUCAGAGGAGGAUAUAUGGUUGGAAAACUGCAGAGAUCUUUAUCAGGGAGACAGGAGGCCAUUGAGGGCAACCAUGCUGUGUGUACAUUCCUGUGGGAUAUCGUACAGCAGAAACCAGGACCAGCUACCAAACUCAUCAACAAGUGUCUGGAGCAUUGUAGCAGUCCCAGGAGUAAGAUCGGAGGUGAUGACAUCACCCAGGCUGUGGUGUCGGCUUUUGCUGCCCUCUUGUGGCACACGCAACCCCUCAGAGAGGAGAUUGAGAAACAUGUUGAAGGAAAGGAAGAGGUAACUGUGAGUGAAGGUAUUCACCAAGCUUUCCACACUGCUGAGUCUUUGAGACACCAUUUGAUGGAUCUGAGACAGAAACAGACAGUUGCGGCUGAAAAAGAAGGAUCAAGUAAAGCACCCAUAGAGGACCCAGUCAAAUCCUGUAAGGAAAAGGCUGAGUUUCUACUAAAAUUUGCUGGAUUGACUAAAGUACAAUUGAAGUUGACAGAAAACAAGGCUAGUAAAAACAAAAACCAGCGUAAGGUGCUGAACACAAAAUUCUCAGGUGAAAUGGACAGGAUAUUCAAGGUGGAUCUUGCCUCUGACAAGUACCCAUCAUUCAGACUGGUCAUGGAGUUCAUCAGGGAUCCGGCUUGGUUGAAAGAAAAAGUCCAGCAGUUACUACAGGAGAGGUCUAAGCAGGCCCAGUCCGUAGCUGAGGUCUAUAUGUUUGCUGCUGAGUACAUACGAAUGAUGGCAGAUCAACAUAUUUUUCAGGUGCCAGUGGUACUGUUCCUGCAGGAGCUGUUGGAUGAACAAAACCAUUUCCCCAAGCACUACGCUGACUGGCUGGACGGCUGUGGAUUGGAACUGGAGUCCAAUGUCAGGCAGGCCUAUUAUACUGUCCUGCGAAGGCUGGUGGAAUCUCUUAGAAACAACAAAAAAUUUGGCUUGAAAGGUGCUGUGGAAGAAGCUUAUGAGUUUAUACAGGCAUGUCUUUUACACCUGUUGGAUAUGAACUGGCAGCCAUAUGAUCUUGCCUUUUUGGUGGACCUGAAAAUUCCAGAACUCUUGAUGAAUAUUGCCAAAGGAAGUGUAACCACUAGAGAUAAAUCCUUGAGUGAGUUUGAUGAAUCUCAGGAGCAGGAGGAGUAUGAACAGUGUAUGAAGUGGCUGGAGGAAUGCAAGACUGGCUUCAGUGCCUGGUACAAGACUGCUCAAGAAUCUUCCAAAGAAGACAGAAAAGCCAUGCAGAUGUUUGUAGCUAGAUUCUGUGAUCUUUUGGAUGUGGAGAUCAGUUGUGAUGGUUGUGGUGUAACGUUGCCAGGGAGACGCUACAGGUGUCUACAGUGUCAAGAUAUGGACCUCUGUGCUACGUGCUUUGCAGGUGGAGUGAAGCCAGCAGGGGAACAUACAGAUGACCAUGAUAUAGUCCAUCUGAUGUACAAAUGUGAUGAAUGCCAGGCUUUCAUAGUGGGACAGAGAAUCCACUGCGACGUCUGUGAAGAUUUUGACUUGUGCUUGGGUUGCCAUAAGAAAGAGCUUUAUCCUCCAGGUCAUGUCAGUUCCCACAGAGUCUCUGUUCUGCCUCUUGUAAAAUUAAAAAGCACCAAUAAGAAUGAGUCCAGCCUCCAAGCCUACAUCCACCAGCAUGUGUGGCUCCUGUUCACGUCCCUCUCCCUGGCCAUGGCUGAAGUUCUCUACCACCGUCACUCAGAACUGGANAUACAAGAUACAAAUGAAAAUGUGGUUCCAGAUGUGGUCAUCAACACUUUUGACACAGAAGAGUUUCUGAAACUUCUGUUCACCAUUGGAAAGGGAGAUAGUGGCCAUGAAAGCAGUACACAACACCUGGCAAUGGGACUCAUAGCUCAGCUGUUGAAGAGUUCAUCCACUAGUUGUAAGAUUGCUGAUGCUGCCGUGGCUGGAGCUAUGGACCCUGAAGAACUGACAGCCUUAGAGGGUCCAGAUGGAGAGAGGACGGUCAGCUUUCUCUUCUCAUUUGGGGCAACCUGCAUGGAAAGGAGUGGUCUGGAGUGGGCCUGUUCCAUGGCUAACAUACUCCAGGGUCUGGUCAAUGCUGUGGCCUGGAGAGACAGCCUACUCAGCCAUAUCACCAACAGUAUACAGAGUCUGAGGGAGAAAGAGGUGCUGGAUUUAUCAUCUAUAUUUGCCCUGUUUGUGAUAGCUGGGUUUCCAGAGGUGCUGUCAAUAGGCAACCAGGUGAAGUACAAUGAGAACAGCACAGAGGCCAGGCUGGGAGUUGUCUUGAAACACUACCCUGAUAAACACAUGACACUGCUGAUAGAUACCAAGUCCAGGAAAAGGCACUCCUUAAAGGAUGAAUAUGUUGAGUGUGUUUGCCAUGAGAUCAAUGUACUGGACAUGCAUCAUAUCUCCUCCUUCAUUGGUAUUGUCAGAGAUCUGAUCAUCAAGUUCAAGAAGGGAGAUGGUCUCUCGGUGGAGAAAACCUGGGUCCUUUCCCUGGCUCUCAAGUCUUUACUACAAAUGGUGAAGUCUCCAUCCUUCCAAGAUGGCCAAUCCCAGGAGGUGUUCACCAGUGAUGUCAUCCAGUGCUUGGUGCAGUUGGCCAGUCAGGGGACAGGCUUUAGCAAACAGUGGCUGUUGAAGGAUUUAGAGGUCCUAUCUCUAAUGCUGUACACACAAGACAAGGAAAAGUCUGAUGUCCCAGCACCCCUCCCCGUGCCUGUGCCAGCUGCCUCAGACCCCAGAGAUCCAUGGCAGGGACUGGAUGAACCUGCCAAAAUGUGUUUCCAAACCCUCCAUGAGCAUUUCCAUGUCCCUAUCCCCAUCCUGAGAGCUAUCUAUGACAUGCAUGGCCAGAACACGAAUGCCUUGCUGAUGGCAGUACAGGAGAACAUUGAAGGAGACAGUUAUAACCCAAGUGAAGGAAUUAAGAAGUUGGCCAAAAAGUGGGAAAGUGGUGUUAAAGCUGUAGCAUCUGAGGUGAUGGCUGAUAAGGCGAUAGAUGCUGGAAUACUGCAAAUUGAUCUUGCUGUACCUGUUAAAAGGACUAUUGACAAAGCCACAGAAGAGCCCUCAGAAGAUGCACAAAAACUUAUCAAGUCUACAGACAAUGAUACGGAGGUCGAUGUGUUGAAACAGAGAAGGAGCAAGAGUGCAAGUCUUCUUAAAAAGGAACUGGAAGUCCAAGGAAAGACGGGAUCAAGGGAAUAUCUAAAAAAAGUAAAUCUAGCCAUGUCAAUUCUUUGGGCAAGGAAAGUGCUGUUGUCUUUGCUGGCAGAUUGGCCUCAACUUGAGUAUCCAAUCACAUCAGACCUUCUAGGUUGCAGGAGCAACGCCCAGAUCCCUUGUGUUCUGGACCUCCUGAACAGAUCAGAAUGCAAGCAAACAUUCAGAAAGGUUGUUAACAACGUUAUUCAACACUGUGAGUCCAGUUGCCUGCCGCCCAUAGCCAGUACUGCCUGCCAAUUCAUGGAGGAAGUUACCAUGGCAACCAAUGUUAGGCAAUCUGAGCAUCCAUAUGAGGGAACUAAAACUGUGGAGGAAAAAAUUCACAUCCCAGGCGCAGCUUUUCUAAGUAUUAAAUUUGAUAGCAAAUGUGCAACAGAGGAAGAUGCUGAUGAAGUAGUCAUGGCGUCAACAGCCGACUACAAGCAGGACAAACAUGUCUUUUCAGGAAACAGUAAAAAUACGUGGAAAGACUUUGAUAUGCCAGGUGACACGCUGUAUUUCAAGUUUACCACAGAGGGUGGAUAUAGUCACUGGGGUUAUAAAUUCACCACCAGUGGCAAGAUUGGAAGAUUUGAUACUGGUUAUUUAAUCCUUAAUGCCAUAUUGUCCAAUGAGAUGGUGGCAGUGUCACUACCACUGAAUGACCUGUGGUGCAGCCUGGUCUAUGUGGCUUGCAAGCAGACAGGGACACAGAGACUGAAGACCAUACAACUUCUUCUCAGAAUAUUACAAACACAAUUUGUACCAAGAGCAGAUCCUCAGAAAUGUCGGGUUGACCUGACUUUGUUGAAGCCCCUGUGGAAACUGUAUAAGAGCAGCUUCAAGGAUACAGAGGGAGGAUCUGUCACACAGCCCAUUGUCAGGGCCCUCACUGAGUUGUUCCUAGUGGCAGAGAAUACAGCUCUGGAUCUAGGAAUUGUUGAAGAGUAUGUAGUUGCUUUGUUUGAUUUGGAUGAGAUCAGAAAAGUUGUGUAUCAGGGUCUUCACAAUGUUGCUGCAUUAGGAGCAGCCAUUGGAUUGCCAAACAAAGCAACAGAAGCUUUUCAGUCAAUCAAACCGAAAGCCAAAAAGACGUAAAUUCAAAGGCAAAAUGAUUGUCUUGGACAGAAUAAGGAAAUGUGCUACACGUAUAUGUUUUUUAAGUUAUCUGGGAAGUGUGAACAGAAGUGUGACUUGUGUAAUUUGCAUAUUUAUUAAAGGUUUGACCUGUAGCAGUGAUGUCAGUAAUCAAUCGAAAAGUAUUGUGAGCUUUGUCAAGUUAUCUGCUUGCCUGUCUGAUAAAAUAAUCCUACAGAAUUGCACAGCAGAACAAUGGUCCUUUUGCACCCCUCUCUAAAAUAGCCAGGCUAUAGCACUACUCUUCGUCACUAGAGAACAUAACAGAGACAAAUUUUCUAUUAUGAAAAAACGACUGCAAAGAUGUAUUGUUUAUAAAGCAAUUGUAUUGCUUAUGUGAGAUCAUGGAAGGUUUACGCUACAAUUUUGCACCGUAUUUGGUUAUAAACUUUAUUGUUCUUUUUCAUGGAAUGGAAUAUUUUCUAAAUAAGUUAAUACCUUGGUGUUUGAAUGGAUUUCAUCCUUCCUUAAGCACUUGAAAAAGAAUGCAAGCUACAGUGGACGUAACAAUAAUAACGUAAAUAGACACGUUUAAAAGGGCUUUCAUAUAUGAUUUUUUAAAAACCCAUGGAAGAUUUUCCUACACUGUGUUACGUAUUGUGAUCUGCGCAA